AUGCCUCCUCUCAACAUGUCUCGCCCAUCUCCUAUCACAUUUUUGCUGCUGGGAAUCCCAGGACUAGAGCACCUUCAUGUCUGGAUUGGGAUUCCCUUUUGUUCCAUGUAUGUGGUAGCUGUGGUGGGGAAUAUGACUAUCUUGGCUGUGGUUAGGGCAGAGCGAAGUCUCCAUGAACCUAUGUUUUUAUUUCUAUGUAUGUUAUCUGUCACUGACCUGGUCCUCUCCACAUCAACGCUGCCCCGCAUGCUGUGUCUUUUCUGGCUUGGAGCUCGUGACAUUGCCUUCGAUGCCUGCCUAACCCAAAUGUUUUUUAUUCAUAGCUUUACUGCACUGGAAUCUGGGUUCUUUUUGGCUAUGGCCUUUGAUCGUUAUGUGGCCAUUUGUCAUCCACUACGCCAUACCACCAUUCUCACUCACAAUCGCAUCAUCAUAAUAGGUGUUAUUGUGGUGAUCCGCGGUGUAACAUUCUUUUCCCCACACCCCAUCUUACUAAAACAACUACCUUACUGCAGAACACGCAUCAUUGCGCAUACCUACUGUGAAUUUAUGGCUAUAGUGAAGCUGGCCUGUAUGGACAUAGGAGCCACAAAGAGUUACAGCCUCAGUAUGGCUUCUAUUAUUGGCUCUUGUGAUGCCAUUCUUAUUGCUGUUUCUUAUGCUUUUAUCCUUCGCUCUGUAUUCCGCCUGCCAUCCCGUGAAGCUAGCUUUAAAGCUUUGGGUACAUGUGGAUCUCAUGUUUGUGUUAUUCUUGUUUUCUACUCCACAGCUGGCUUUUCCAUUUUUACUCACCGUUUUGGAAAAAAUAUACCUGCUCAUAUCCAUAUUUUUAUUGCAAAUAUGUAUUUAUUAGUGCCCCCUUUUCUUAACCCCAUUGUGUAUGGAGUAAGGACCAAGAAAAUAAGGGAAUAUGUUCUUAGAACACUAAUGGUCAAAGUUUCAUAA